AUGGCUCCCUUUAUUCUCUCCCAAUGUAGCGCCGCCGAUGGCACUGCUUUAGCCGCCAAUAGCAUCCCCGCUUUCUGGGCCGACCCGCACUGGGUACUAGCUUGGCGCCAUCGGACCCUCGAGUACCACAUUUCGCAGAUAGCCCUACGCUUCCCGCGCAAUCUGCUAAACAGACGGGAGACCUUACGACACCAGAAAGCAGUGGAUAUAGAGACGGGUCGCAUACUCGGCUACGCCCGAUGGUGCCUACCACCGUCUUAUGAGAUAAACCCAGAUGAUGGCACGCCGAUAUGGCCCGAGGCCCAGGUCCCAGCAGUCGAGCCCGAGAAGGAGGCCGAGAUCCGGCAGAUUGCCGAGACUGUUGUCUGGGAUCCAAACGACGAUGCCGACGAGCUGUUAGAUCGCGUAAACGCACUCGAGAAGGAAGUGACGCCAAAGACACCGUAUAUCACUCUGGAGUACCUUGCUGUGCAUCCGGACAAUCAGCGCAAAGGAGUCGGUUCGGCAUUGGUAAAGAGCGGGAUGGAUCAGGCGGAUAAGAUGGGGUUACAGAUUUUCGUCCACGCUUUGAGAGAGGGAGCUGAACUGUAUAAACGAAUGGGAUUCCGACUCAUAGCAGAGCUUGUCCAGGAUGACUCUGCGUAUGGUGGUAGUGGGGAGUAUGGUACAUAUUUCUUCAUCUAUGAGCCUAGAUUGAGGACUGAUUCUACCUGA